GAACCUCGAGCUCAAAUACCUGUACUAGCUGUGCCCUGAGCAACAGCAGCCACAUGUUCUUACUGGCAUUCUCCAUCAGAAAGGGGCACUAGGCUGAACUUCCAAAGUUCCUAAGCAGAUCCCCAAUUAUUACUGCUAUACUUGUUUCAUCUAAAUAGCUCCAACCAAGAGUCCUCUGGUCACCUGCUUGAUGGGACUCUUGACUAACUGCAUAUGCUGAAGGAAGAAAGCUAUUUUAUAACCAAGGAAAGUCACCGCCUUGACGCUGAAAAGGUUAACAAAGGAAAUUACUUUCCAAGACAAAACAUUAACUCAAGAACUGAACGCGAUAUUUUGCCUAAAUUGGUGUGGAAAACAGAAUUAUGAACGCCCAUUACAGAGAGAUGAAAAUCUAAAGAAAAUUCAAAGAUUAUCUAUGAAACUACAGUGCUUAUCAAAGAGUUGUUAUAAGGGUUUCCAAUACUCAAAGAAUAAAGAACAUAAUUCUGAGCGAGAAGAGAGGAUUUCAUUAUAAUCCUGUUUAAGAAUGCCUGUGGAAAUGCUGGCAUGAGUUCCUCAGAAAACAGAAUAUAGAACAGUGAAUUUUCUCCAGCAUUGUUCUGUCCUCUGUGCUGUGGAAAAGUUAUUGUUGAACUCCAAUCUCAAGAGGAAAAACAACUUUAUCUACAGUUAAAAUAAAGACUAUUUUUUCCAUAUUUGGGUGGUGAAAGUGAUUAGAGAGGUCAAAGUUGAGUUAUCAGCCAUGGCAUUUGCAGAUCUUUUGGAAAAAGCUGGAGGCAUGGGACGGUUCCAGAUCACACACGUUACAUUACUAUGCAUUCCUAUAUUGUUGAUGGCCAGCCAUAACCUUCUCCAGAACUUCAGUGCUGCAAUUCCAAGCCACAAAUGCAAAAUAAAUGACACUGGGGUUGUUAACAGCAGUACUGAAAGCGAGGGUUGGAUGGGGGUCUUCAUACCACGGGAUGAUCAGGGGAGGCCUGAGUCAUGUCUGGAGUUUGCUGAAGUACAGUGGAGAAUGGUGGAUUCCAACAGCACAUGGCAUAAUACUACAGAUGCAGAAACAAGAUCCUGCACAAAUGGUUGGGAGUAUGAUCAGAAUGAGUUCAGCUCAACCAUAAUCACUGAAUGGAAUUUGGUGUGCAGCAAAAAACACAGAAGACAGCUGGCUCAGUCCUUGUACAUGGCAGGUGUGCUUGUGGGAGCCAUCAUCCUGGGAGGCCUGUCAGACAAGUAUGGUCGAAGGGCAUUGUUAAUUUGGUCAUACCUACAAAUGGCCAUCAGUGGGAUCUGCACUGCCUUUUCUCCAAACUACCUCUCCUAUUGUGUGUUCCGAUUUCUUACUGGGAUGGCUCUGUCUGGCAUUGGACUGAACACUACUGCCUUGAUUGUGGAAUGGGUUCCAACUAAAGUCCGCACAAUCGCUGGCACCCUGGCAGGAUAUUCCUAUACUGUUGGACAACUCCUUUUGGCAGGUUUAGCAUAUGGCAUCAGAGACUGGCGAUGGCUGCAGCUUUCUGUUUCUCUACCGUUUUUUGUGUUCUUCUUCUACUCUUGGUGGUUUCCUGAAUCUGCUCGCUGGCUUGUUCUCUCUGGCAAACCUGCCAAGGCAGUCAAUGAGAUGAAGAGAGUGGCCAAGCUUAAUGGAAGGGAAGAAGCAGCUGAGAAAAUAACUUUAGAGACACUAAAAGCUGAUAUGGUGAAAGAGGUGGCUUGUGGGAAUUCAACGUAUACAGUGUUUGAUCUGGUUCGAACCAGAACCAUCCGCAGAAUAUCCUUUGCUGUGAGCUUUGUGUGGUUCUCUACUAGUUUCGCCUAUUACGGCUUAGCAAUGGAUUUACAAAAAUUUGGAGUGAGCAUCUAUCUAAUCCAGGUGAUCUUUGGGGCUGUCGACUUUCCAGCCAAGCUAGUUUCCACCAUAUGCAUGAUCUACAUUGGUCGGAGAGUCACACAGUUCUUUUCCCUUUUGCUUGGAGGACUGGCAAUCUUAGCUAACAUCUUUGUGCCAAUUGAGCUGCAGGCACUAAGGACCAGUCUGGCAGUUUUUGGAAAAGGCUGUUUGGCUGCUUCUUUUAGUUGUAUUUUUCUAUACACCACAGAACUCUAUCCUACAGUCAUCAGACAGAGUGGUCUCGGUUUGGGCAGUACCAUGGCACGUGUGGGUGGAAUUGUUGCUCCUCUAGUGAAGAUGCUGGGUGAAUUCUAUCCUUUCUUACCAUUGGUCAUAUAUGGAGGUGCACCAAUUCUAUCUGGUCUACUAGUAUAUUUCUUACCUGAAACAGUUAACAAACCACUGCCAGACACCAUUGAAGAGGUGGAAGUAGGGAAAAAAUCCCCAGUGAAAAAGGAGAAAAAGGAGAUUGUACCUCUACAGACAGUGAAACCCAACCCUGUGCGCGAGGUCGUAUGACAUCAGAAGUUGUAUCAAAGUCUGACAACCUCCAGGAAUGCCUUAAUUUACUUACCCCAAGUCUUAGGUGGGUUCACGAGAUGUAGUCAGCAACAGCAGCAAGAACACUGUAAGAAGACAGAGGAGCUAUGUAAAGUAGCAGGUCACUAUGUUAUAUGUCUCUACAGCCAAUUCUUCCCUUCUGGAAGUGCGAUAUUGCUACUGCAUUUUGGAAAAAUGUUGGUACCCCAACCAAGUCACCCUAAGCCUUUAAUCAACACUACACUUCCAUGAACUAUGUAAAGCUUAUUGUAGUAAUGAUGUUGUCACAGGUACAGAGCAACGUCUCUCAGCAGGACAUCUAUCAACUGUCCUGGAAUCCUCUUCAUGUUGUUCAAAUGCUUAUAUUUCAAUGAUGAUUGUCAAAAGCUUUCAUGGGCUCAGGAAGAAUACGUAGAGGCUCACAAGAAUGCUUGUUGGCCCACAGCCAUGCAGCUGAGGACACGACUAAGCUUGGAACUUGGCACAGCUGUAUUAAAUCCACUAGUUGGUACUACUAAUGUACACAGCAAUGCCAUAGUUUGUAUAAGUAGCAUGCAGAGAACGAAACAUAGCUGUGUGAGAGUAUGUAUGAAAUAUAAUCCAUGUAUUGCACACAUCAACGCUCACAUCCAAAGAGGGCACUUUCUGAAGGACAAAAAGACUGGCAUGCAUGCUGUAGAUGAGAAUGUACAAAGAAUCAGUUUCCUUUGUCAGCUCUUUAUCCCUCUUCCUUUUAUGUGCAUUAAAACAUUAAAACAUC